GCUCGGAGGGACCGCUCGGUAGGGCCCGGAGAGGGGGGCUCGUUCGGAUCUCACGGCACCGGAGCCUCCGCGGGCAGGCUCGGGGUUGAGGACCUUUAGCGGGGAGAGAGGCGCGGCCCGGCGCGGGGCAGAAGGCUCCGUCUGUUCGCCCGGCAUCUUUGUUUGGCCGGCUGCUGCUGGGGAGAGGAGCGGCGAGGCCCGCACAGUCGCAUUCCCCCGUUCCUUCUUGGGGCCCGAGCCGGCCGGGAGCUGCCUCAGAGUUCGGCUUCGCGUCGGGUGGAAGGCUGAGGGCUGAAGAAGGCUUUGCAGUGACGGGUCUCCCUUCCCCGCGUCUUCCGACCCGAUAUCGGCUCCUCGCUGCUGGGAUUAUAAAUGUUUGGACGGAGACCCAGGAAACUGAAAGGUGAGCCUCCUGUUGGAAUUCGCAGAAGAGAAAAGGAAGGAGGCUUUUCCAAAUCCCUCGCGAUAAAACUCGAGCCGUUUUCCCAUGCUGACCGUAUUCUGUUUAAUAAUGCGAUUGUGACCUGAGUGGGAUUUCCGAGCCAUGAACUGUUGAAGCUUUUGCACCAGAGCGUUGGACUACGUUGUUUUUCUCUCUGCACAUGAUUCCUCCAUCCCAGCUGUUGCAGGACCUAUGGGCCAACAAUAGACUGGAGGUUAAUUCUCACAUUCUUCUGUGCUGGGGACUUGGCUAGUUAGUUGGAGUUGCUGCUGCUUUUUAUUGGAGCUGCUCUUUAUUGGGCAGUUUUAUUUGUUUUCACAUACACGGGGUGUUUCAGCUAAGCAGAUGUUGGACUGAAGCUGAAUGGAUGCUUUGCAAUCCACAAGAUUUUGGAGGAUAAGAAAAAACUACUAAAAACAGAAGAACCGGUACUGCUGGAAACCUGGAGCCCGUUUUCCAAGCCUUUUUAUUUUAUUGAGCAAGAUGAUGUGUGAGGUGAUGCCAACCAUCAGUGAGGCAGAGAUUCCCUCUGGGGGAAAUGGAGGCCAUGGUUCAGGUUCCCCAUUACAGUCAGAUGCUGAUUCCCAUUUUGAACAGUUAAUGGUAUCCAUGUUGGAAGAAAGGGAUCGCCUUCUGGAAACACUAAGAGAAACUCAGGAGACGCUAGCAUUGACCCAGGGCAAGCUGCAUGAAGUUGGUCAUGAAAGAGAUUCCUUGCAGAGACAGCUCAAUACUGCACUUCCACAGGAAUUUGCAGCGCUUACGAAAGAGCUAAAUGUAUGCAGGGAACAGCUGCUUGAAAGAGAAGAAGAAAUUGCUGAACUGAAAGCAGAAAGAAAUAAUACUAGGCUAUUACUGGAACAUUUGGAGUGUCUUGUCUCCAGGCAUGAGCGAUCUCUCAGAAUGACUGUUGUGAAGAGACAAGCUCAAUCUCCAGCAGGAGUUUCUAGUGAAGUAGAAGUUCUCAAAGCACUAAAAUCUUUAUUUGAACACCACAAAGCCCUUGAUGAAAAGGUAAGGGAGAGGUUACGAGUAGCACUUGAAAGAUGUAGUUUAUUGGAAGAAGAACUAGGUACUACGCAUAAAGAGUUAAUGAUUCUGAAAGAGCAAAAUAAUCAGAAAAAAAUGCUUCCAGAUGGGAUGCUGGAUAUAAAUCAUGAACAAGAAAAUACACCAACUACAAAUGGGAAGCGCUCUUCUGAUGGUUCUUUGUGCCAUGAUGAAAAUCUUGCUAAAGUGAUUGAACUCCAAGACAUCAUAGAUAAGCAAAACAAGGAACAGACACAAAUGAAAGAACGCCUUACUGCUUUAUCUAGUAGAGUAACAGAGCUAGAAGAAGAUCUUGACACAGCUAGAAAAGACUUAAUAAAGUCUGAAGAGAUGAACACAAAAUUGCAGAGAGAUGUACGAGAGACUAUGGCCCAGAAGGAGGACAUGGAAGAGAGAAUUACAACUCUUGAAAAACGCUACCUCGCUGCACAACGUGAAGCUACAUCUGUGCAUGACCUCAAUGAUAAACUUGAAAAUGAAAUAGCCACUAAAGACUCCAUGCAUCGACAGAGUGAAGAUAAGAACAGGCAAUUGCAAGAAAGGCUGGAACUAGCUGAGCAGAAGCUGCAGCAGACUUUGAGAAAAGCUGAAACUUUACCAGAGGUGGAAGCUGAGCUAGCACAGAGAGUUGCAGCACUUUCAAAGUCUGAGCUUUUGUCUCCUGGGAACUCUGCUGCUAAAGAUGCUAAAGUGUUGGAACUUACCACCAAACUUAGGAAGGCUGAAGAGAGGCAUGGCAAUAUAGAAGAGCGACUGAGACAGAUGGAAGCACAGUUAGAAGAAAAGAAUCAAGAACUACAGAGGGCUAGACAGAGAGAGAAGAUGAACGAAGAGCAUAAUAAACGCUUGUCAGAAACUGUGGAUAAGCUACUCUCUGAAUCUAAUGAAAGGCUUCAGCUUCAUCUCAAGGAGAGGAUGGCUGCCUUGGAAGAUAAGAAUUCACUUCUGCGAGAAAUUGAAAAUGCAAAAAAACAAAUAGAGGAACUUCAGCAUGAGAAGGAUAAACUUAUAUUAAGUAUUGACGCACUAAGGGCUGAAAAUGACCAAGUGAGACUCAGAGCCACAUCACUUCAUCAUAGCCGGCCAGAUUUCAGAUACCCGAUGGCAUCUUCAUCUGUGGCUGACAGUCAUGCAGACUCUUAUGGCACCUCUUCUGUGCUGAGGCGUCCUCAGAAAGGGCGUUUGGCAGCUCUCAGAGAUGAACCUUCAAAGGUUCAAACUCUGAAUGAGCAGGACUGGGAGCGAGCCCAGCAAGCAAGUGUAUUGGCAAACGUGGCACAAGCAUUUGAAAGCGAUGUCGAUGUGUCUGAUGGUGAGGAUGACAGGGAGACUAUAUUCAGUUCAGUUGAUCUGCUGUCACCAAGUGGUCAGGCUGAUGCUCAGACUUUGGCCAUGAUGCUUCAGGAACAGCUGGAUGCAAUUAACAAAGAGAUUAGGCUUAUACAGGAAGAAAAGGAGAACACUGAACAGCGUGCAGAGGAAAUUGAAAGCAGAGUGGGUAGUGGGAGUUUGGAUGCCCAUGGCCGAUUCAGGUCCAUGAGCUCCAUUCCUCCUCCCUAUGCAAGUGGUUCCCUUGCUGGUUCUUCCCCACCUGGCAGUGGCCGCUCCACCCCAAGGCGGAUUCCGCAUAGCCCAGCUAGGGAAGUGGACAGACUAGGUAUCAUGACACUGUCUCCAGCUUCUAGAGAAGAGGUACGUGAUGAUAAAGCGACAAUAAAAUGUGAGACAUCCCCACCUUCUUCACCUCGAUCUUUGCGUUUGGACAGAGUCCAAAAAGGAGCUUUGCAUACGGUGAGCCACGAAGAUAUCAGGGACAUAAGAAAUUCAACCGGCUCACAGGAUGGUCAAGCAAGUAAUCCUAGUAGCAGCAAUAGUAGCCAAGAUUCCCUUCACAAAGCCCCCAAAAAGAAGGGGAUUAAAUCCUCUAUUGGCCGCUUGUUUGGCAAGAAAGAAAAGGGACGACCUGGACAAACAAGCAAGGAAGCAUUAGGGCAAGUUGGCAUGGCAGAGGCAGAUAGUUCCUCUCAGGAUGCAUUAGGCCUUAGCAAACUUGGAGGUCAGGCAGAAAAAAACAGAAAAAUGCAGAAAAAGCAUGAGUUGCUUGAGGAAGCCAGAAGACAAGGUUUACCUUUUGCACAAUGGGAUGGACCUACAGUAGUUGUAUGGUUGGAGCUGUGGGUAGGGAUGCCAGCCUGGUAUGUGGCUGCGUGCCGAGCAAAUGUGAAAAGUGGUGCUAUUAUGUCAGCUUUGUCUGAUACGGAAAUACAGCGUGAAAUUGGAAUUAGUAAUCCCCUGCACAGACUGAAGCUGAGACUGGCCAUUCAGGAGAUCAUGUCACUAACAAGUCCGUCUGCCCCUCCCACCUCAAGGACGACCACGGGAAAUGUCUGGGUAACACAUGAAGAAAUGGAAAAUCUUACAGCCACACAACAAACGGAAGAUGAGGAGGGAAGCUGGGCUCAGACAUUAGCAUAUGGUGAUAUGAACCACGAGUGGAUUGGCAAUGAAUGGCUCCCUAGUCUGGGGCUCCCUCAGUAUCGCAGCUAUUUCAUGGAGUGUCUUGUUGAUGCUCGAAUGCUGGAUCACUUAACUAAAAAAGAUCUACGUGGCCAACUUAAAAUGGUGGACAGUUUUCACAGAAACAGUUUUCAGUGUGGAAUUAUGUGCCUAAGAAGACUGAACUAUGAUCGAAAAGAACUUGAAAGAAAAAGAGAGGAAAGCCAAUCUGAAAUUAAAGAUGUCCUUGUGUGGAGCAACGAUAGAAUGAUCCGUUGGGUGUUGUCCAUUGGUCUCAAAGAAUAUGCGAAUAACCUUGUAGAGAGUGGAGUUCACGGUGCACUUGUGGCCUUAGAUGAAACAUUUGAUUACAAUGCGUUAGCUCUCUUAUUACAAAUACCGACGCAGAACACACAGGCUCGUGCUGUUCUGGAGAGGGAAUUUAAUAACCUUCUCAUUAUGGGCACUGACAGAAGACUUGAUGAAGAUGAUGAUAAGAGCUUUAGGCGAGCACCUUCAUGGAGAAAGAAGUUUAGACCAAAGGACAUAAGAGGUUUAGCUGCUGGAUCAGCAGAGACACUUCCUGCAAAUUUCAGAGUUACAACCUCAAUGUCUUCACCCUCUAUGCAGCCAAAGAAGAUGCAGAUUGAUGGCAGUGUAUCAGGAACACAAAGAUUGGAUUCUGCUACAGUAAGGACCUACUCCUGUUAAAGCCUUCUUCUGUUUACCCACACUAUUUCUACCGGUGAUAUGCAGCAUUUUGAACAUUUGGAAAGCGUAACCUGUUAAUACUUCUUAAAUGGACACUUUGAGAUAUUUUAUUACAGAGUUUUUAAUUAGCAAAUAAAUUCAUGAGUACUAUAGAGAAAAUAUUUUAGAAUCUAAAUGUUUCUUAUAUUUAUGUGACUUCUCAUUUAUAUAGUUACUUACUUUUUUCUGUUUCUAUUCAGUCUACAAUGAAUCAUUGCUGAUUUUUAAUCUAAUUUUAGUCUUUCCAACUGAAUGUACUGUAAUGCUUGUAUGUAUAUGUCCCUAUAAAUAAUGUAAGGUUUUUGUAAAUUAUGCAGUUACUGUAAUUAUCAUUGUUUUUUAAUAAUGAAACUGAAGGUGAAAAGAAUUUUAAUACCUUUGUAAAAGUAUCAUGACACCAAGCAGUAUAUAUUUUGUCUUUUGGAAAUGUUAGCUAGAUCUGAAAACAAGUCCAGCUUUUUUUCAGACAAGCGUAUGUUGUUUGUUGAAGGUAUGGUACAUAAUUGUUCUUCUUUUCAGAAGUGUACCUUUCCACAAAGGAAUUGUCAAGCAGUGGGAAUUUGUCUUUAUUUAAAAUAUAACUCGUUUGAAAAGCUGGGAAGAACUAGAACACUAUGGAACACAUUUUAGAAGUGAUUGCCUCGGUCACAACUCUGUCUCUGCUGUAUUUGUAUAGCAUAUCUUCACAGUGACUGAGAACCAAGCCAUAAACCAAGAACUGUUUUUCUUAACUGAGGAAGAUAGACUUCAUAAUAAUUCCUGGUUGUAAUCCACAGGCCACAGAGAGUGCUUUUGUGCUGAUCUUUUUUUGACUGAAAACACUUGUGGAAAGAUGCUGGUAAAACUAAUUUUCAUGGACCAGUCAUGAAACACUGCAGUCUCACGUCAAAUGACUAGUGAAAAUGAAGGUACAGUGUGCUGAGAACUAAAGCAGUGCAACUCCUAAUCAAGGCCUUACUUUUCUUACGUAAAUCAUAUUUUGUGUUUUGUAAACUUGUUCUAAAGAGUUGUCUGGACUUAAGUUUGAAUGGUUGUAGCCAUUUUGGACUGUAUGAGUAGAAAAAUGUAUCCCAACACUUGCAAAUGGCAUAUUAAAAAGCCAGCAAGAUUCUGUUCAGAUGGUGCAUUAUUUAUUAUGCAACAAUAUAUAUAUAGCAUGUCUUUUUUUCUUAUUUUGUUUUCCACUUUUAACUUGCUUGUAAAACAAAUUCAUUGUUACUGUUCUGUUUUUCUAUUAAUCUUGUGUAUUUUCAGAUUAUGUAACAAUAUGUACAGUCUACUUUUGAACUAUUUUUAUCACAGUAUUAUUUAUUGCUUUCUUUCAAUAAAGUACUGAUGCAUUUUCCACUGCCAAUAAAACACUAUUGAAAAGCUAAAAUCUAAUUGUAUGCAGGCAGAUACUUUUUGCGGUGAGUGGAUAUUUGUCAAUAAAGCAUCUUAAUGAUUCUUUGCUGCCCUGUACAUCUUGUUUCACAUGAAGAUUCUUCUCCAGCAGGAAAAUUUUACAUUAGAAGUGACUUUCUCUUGGGAAUUGUUCAAGUUUGUGUUGAGACUUUUUUGGACAGUACUUCAGUACUUUGACAUUAGAGCUAUGAUUUACUUCUUUUUUCACCCCACAAUGCCCUCCUCCCUCCAAUGAAACUCUAAUAUAACUUCACUGUAUUUUGGUCAGUGUGAUGAAAAUUGAAGUGCUGUUACAUAUAGCAGCAAUUAUUGCUUUGUUAAUAAAAUGAAAUUGACAGUAAUGAUAUUUGGGGGGAAGCAUAGGAGUCCAGGGAACCGAUGAAAACCUGGGUCGUAAUAGGGCUGCUUAUUUCAAUUAAGAUAUGUUGUAAACCAUUUCUUGUGUAAAAGGGAAGAGACAAAUAAACUUGCUGAGCAAUUGAAGCGUAUUUCGUCAUGUCCUCUAGAUCCAGAGCAGGAUGUGGAAUGCCUGGAAUGGAAAUACUGUGAUCAAUGCUUUAAACGUCGUUUAGUAAUAAUGACUGUCUGUUUGUGUUGCUGUCUGAUAAGUGGCAGACGUUUAUAUUUUCUGAAAAGCUAUCUUUCUGGAAAAAAAACUAAGGUGAAACUGCAGAAGGAAAUCUCGUCUCACUGUUUAGCAAAGCAGGUAGAAAAAAUAGCGUGUGUGUCUCUGGUUGCUGAUAUGAUGGUAGGCGUAUUCAAAGUCAUGUACUGUUGCUUCUCAAAAGUGAAAAUGCAGAAUAGACUGGUAAAAUGGGAAAAUGUGGUUAUUACUUUAAGGCUGUGAACCCUGACUGUUACGGAACAAUGGAAUCAACAUGAGAGCUAGAAUAAAAGUGAAAUAGAAAAAGCUUUCAAAAAAAUUGCAAAA